AUGCUGCCCUCACAACUAAAUGGCUCGCCAAAGCGUGCCAACCCAUUUGGCCGUGCCUCUCCCUCCUCAUCUCCAUCGUCUGGGUCGCCAACGAAAGGCCCGCGACCGAAAUCAGCCAUCGUGACGUCGCCGAGUAAAUUCGAAGAAGCCAAAGGUCAUUUUCGGAAUUCAGCCUCGGUCUCUCAAGCACCGCAAACUGCUUUAGCACGAAACUCCAACCACCAAAGAUCAAAUUCGUUAAGGGUCGACGCCGGUACUGGAACCUUUGCACCGGAGUUCAUCAAAUCCGAGGAGCUUCGGCGAGGUGCAGAUCAAAUUCGAGGAUUGGAAGGCGACAAUGACUUCUCGGGUAAUAAAUAUGUCUGGCUACGCGAUCCUGAAAAGGCCUUUGUCCGGGGACUGGUGUUGGAGGAGGGCGAAGAUGGAAAGCUGUUGGUACAAAGUGAUGAUGGCGAGAGGGAGGUCGAUGCAGACCAAGUUGACAAAGUCAACCCGGCAAAGUUCGACAAGGCCGAUGAUAUGGCUGAGCUUACGCACCUGAAUGAAGCCUCCGUGGUGCACAAUCUGCAUUCCCGCUACCAAGCGGACUUGAUCUAUACAUACUCUGGGCUGUUCUUAGUGACUGUCAAUCCCUACUGUCCGUUACCAAUCUACUCGAACGAGUAUGUGAAGAUGUACAAAGGCCGAAGCAGAGAGGAAACACGACCCCAUAUUUUCGCAAUGGCCGAUAAAGCAUUUCGGAAUUUGGUCGAAGAGGGCCAGAAUCAGAGUAUCCUAGUGACAGGAGAAUCUGGUGCAGGGAAAACGGAGAACACGAAGAAGGUCAUCCAAUACCUCGCUGCUGUUGCGACGUCCGACACUCCAUACGUUCGAUCUGCGACCAAAAAUAUGUCCACUCUCUCACAGCAAAUCCUACGAGCAAACCCCAUCCUGGAGGCAUUCGGAAAUGCUCAGACGGUUAGAAACAACAAUUCGUCUCGAUUUGGAAAGUUCAUACGGAUUGAGUUCUCCCGGUCUGGUCAAAUUUCGGGGGCAUAUAUCGACUGGUACCUCCUUGAAAAGUCGCGAGUAGUGAAACCGAAUCAGCAAGAGCGGAAUUACCAUGUCUUUUACCAAUUGCUGCGAGGUGCGGAUUCCAAAUUGAGGGACAAGCUACAGUUGUCCAAUCUUGGAAUUGAAGAUUUCGCCUACACGAGGGACGGGAAUGACAGCAUUGCCGGAGUGUCCGACGAAGAUGAGUGGAACUCAUUGAUUGAGGCAUUCCACGUCAUGAAAUUUUCCGCAGAAGACCAAAUGUGUAUUCUCCGUACCAUCGCCGCCGUUCUGCAUCUUGGAAAUAUAACAGUCAUCAAGGAGAGCUUGCGGGCGGAUCAAGCUGCCUUGAGUCGUGACUCCUUCAAGAGUAUAGAAAAGGCCUGUCAACUAUUGGGGAUACAGUCAGAACCAUUCGUGAAGGGCUUGUUGCAUCCCAGGGUGAAGGCAGGUCGCGAGUGGGUGGAGAAAGUCCAAACACCGGAGCAGGUUAGGCUGGCGCUCGAUGCGCUCGCCAAAGGAAUCUACGAGCGUGGCUUCGGUGAUCUCGUAAACCGAAUCAACGAUCAGUUAGAUCGCAGCACUGUCUCGGGAGAAGACAGCCAUUUCAUUGGUGUUCUCGAUAUUGCAGGUUUUGAAAUCUUCGAGAAAAACAGUUUCGAACAAUUGUGCAUCAACUACACCAACGAAAAGCUACAACAAUUCUUCAACCACCACAUGUUUGUGCUCGAGCAGGAGGAAUACGCCAGAGAACAAAUUGAAUGGCAAUUUAUUGACUUUGGAAAGGACUUGCAACCGACCAUUGACCUGAUUGAGUUGACAAAUCCCAUUGGUAUCUUUUCUUGCUUGGAUGAAGACUGUGUGAUGCCCAAAGCGACGGACAAGUCAUUUACAGAGAAGCUUCACUCGCUCUGGGAUCGAAAGUCUCCGAAAUAUCGUGCAGCUCGCCUAAGCCAAGGUUUCGUUCUUACUCACUAUGCUUCCGAAGUGGAAUAUGAUACUGAAGGAUGGCUUGAGAAGAAUAAAGACCCCCUCAACGAUAACAUAACUCGCCUUCUGGCCGCGUCACGAGAGAAGCAUAUCACAAAGCUAUUUGCGGAUUGCAAAAUUUCUGAUGGCCAUACGGAUUAUCCCAAAAGUCGAGUGAAGAAGGGCUUGUUCCGUACAGUCGCCCAGGGACACAAGGAGCGCCUGUCAAGCCUGAUGACUCAGUUGAAUUCAACGCAUCCUCACUUUGUGCGCUGCAUUAUACCAAACCAUAAAAAACGCCCGAAGAUGCUCAAUGCUCCCUUGGUUCUUGAUCAACUGCGAUGUAACGGUGUUCUAGAAGGAAUUCGAAUUGCGCGCACUGGUUUCCCUAAUAGGUUGUCAUUUGCUGAGUUUCGUCAACGGUAUGAGGUUCUCUGCCGCAACAUGCCAAAGGGCUACCUGGACGGCCAGAACGCUGCUCAUAUAAUGCUACAAAAGCUCGGGCUAGACGCUGCGUGGUACCGAGUCGGUCGAACAAAGGUCUUCUUCAGAGCUGGCGUUCUUGCUGAGCUGGAGGAGAAGCGAGACGACCUCAUUCGCUCCAUAAUGACCCGUUUUCAGUCGCUGUCCAGGGGCUUUGUUCAGCGCCGAAUCUCAAACAAGCGUCUUUACCGUGCGGAGGCAACCAGACUUAUCCAACACAACUUUAGGGCUUACCUUGAUCUGAAAGCUAGCCCCUGGUGGCGUUUGUUCUCGAGAAUGAAGCCGCUCCUUGGAGAGACACGGUCCGCCAACGAAGUCAAACGGCGCGAUGAAAAAAUCCAGCUAUUGGAGUCCAAGAUGAAGACGGACUUGGCCGACCGCCAGAAACUAGACGAGGAGAGACGACGCACGGAGAUCGAGAUGCAAAAAAUCCAACAAACCCUGGAAAGCGAAAGAGCUCUCGCGCUGGAUAAAGAGGAAAUUUUCGAGAGGCUUCAACUUCGAGAAGUAGAGCUCAGUGAUAAAUUGGCCGGGGCGAUUGCAGACCAAGAAAGUCUCGAGGAUCAAUUGGACGAACUCAUCGCAGCGAAGAAGAAAAUCGAAGAGGAGCUUCAAUUCCGCAUGACUCAACUGGAGCAGGCCGGCGAAAUUAUACAACGUUUCGAGAAUGAGAAGCGAGAGACGCAGGCACGUCUCGAGGAACUUGAUCGCAGGAUGAUGGAAGCCGAGACGUCCUCCUCUGAAAAGGAAAACCAGAUCAAAGAACUUGGACAGGAAACCAAAAUGCUUCAAAGUCACCUCACCAUGAAAGAUCGCAAGCUGCAAGAUCUGGAGGCCAAACUACUGAAGACUGACCAGGAUCUCGAUAUUAAACUCGCCAAGACAGCCAAGGAACUCGAUCAGUCAAAGCACCAAGUCAAGGAUUUGGUGGAAGAGAAUCGCUCGAUUAGGCAGCAGAUCUCAGAUCUUUCGUCAACAUCUACCGGAUAUGAAGAGAUGCUGAGGAAGAAGGAAAGCGAGAUAGCAAUUCUGCGUAACGAUGCCAAAAGGGCUGACGAAGAGAAAAGACAGCUGGAAACAGAAAAAGCAUCCCUCUCCACGCGUCAUAGCAACAUGCAAAAACGCUUGCGGGAACUUCAGGCUGAAUCUGAUGCCAUGAUGGUUGAAAAGGCCCAGUUGGACCGAGAAGUAGCCGACGUGAAAAAGUUGCUCGAAGACAAGAUCUCCGAGGACGCUGAAGCGGGAGAAAGCCGAAAGCUUCUUGAGCAGCAAAUUCAGGACCUUAAAAGCCAACUUUUCCAGGCACAAGCGGACUUGAGCAGAGAGCGACAAUCAAGAGACGAUGUCCAAAUGCUUGCAGAGCACAACCUUGCGGAAUUACGCGACAAGUACACCUCCUUGAACGACUCUAAAAUUGAAAUCGAGAAGGAGAUGUAUAUACAGCAGGACACUCUUCGCCGUGCUACUGAGGCCCGAGUUGCUGCCGAAAGUUCACGCAAGGACCUGCAGACAGAGCUCAUUAAGCUUCGCGAUCGCUUCACUAAUGUUGAAAAUGCCCGUCUGAAUGCAGAGGCUGAAAUUGAACGCAACAUCAACAACCAGGCGAACCAGAGGCUGGAAAGCGUUCGAAAAGACUUGGAAGCGAAGUCUCAGCAAUUGGAGGAGAUCGAAGCCGAAAGAACACGGCUUUCCACCAGAAUUCAGGAGCUAGAAAAUGCAAUCGCAGACUCUGACAACUUCCGAAUCCGCCAUGACCAACAGAAGCAGCGCAUGGAAAGAGAACUGGUGACCCUCAAAGGCAGACUCACGGCCUCCGAAAAUGACAAUCGAGCUCUAUUGACAAAGAUUCAACAAAAGAAUCUCGACAUUGCCAGAUCCAACUCCAAAGCGAGCGACAACCAACGCCACCGCGUAACCACGUUACAGAGGGAAAAGGCCAAGCUAGAGGAUGACAACAAGAACCUAGCCCGUCAGUUAGGAGACCUCCAACUAUCUAUUACUUCUCUCGAAAAACAAAAGGAGAAGCUCUCGUUGAGUCUCGAGGACUUGAACCAUGAAGUUAAUAGAGAGCACAAAGCCAGUCGUAAUGCUGAAAAGACGGCAUCCACAGCUGGUAUACAACUGGCAGAAGCGAACAGAAACCUGGAGACUGAACGUCAGCUGCGUACUCAAGCUCAGGCAAAUACUCGCAAGAUGCAGGGCUCUCUGGACACUGCUAACAAAGAAAUCGAGGACCUGCAUCGCCAACUGAUGCUGCUGCAUAAGGUUGUCGAGCCUACAUCAGAGGAAUCUGAGUCAUGGGAGACCAUUCGUCCUGAUUUAUCGAAGAAGGUGGAUCUUGCACAGCGACUGGACACUGUGCAAAGCCAAUUGCAGGUAUCAGAGGAGAGGAAUAACAGAGCGGAAGCCCAGCUUGCCGAAAUGCGCCGGCGUCAUGGUGAUGAAAUGAAAGAACUUGAUGCCCGUUAUUCCUCCUCCAAGCGUGCGCUUCUGGAGGAAAUUGACCAAAACCAAGUUGCUGGAAACCGCACGCCCACUCACCUACGCAAGAACUCUGACAUCGCAAAGAGAUUCGGUACCCCGACAACACCAAACCGAAGACUCAAUUUUGAGGCAGCGAAUGACUCCGCCCGGUCCGAUAAGACAGUGGAUUCUGUCGGCUACCAGAAACGAAUGGACCUGGCAGCCGAGAUUGAAGAGUUGCAGAAUAAGCUUCAGAUGACUGAGAUGCAAAACAAGCACCUUCAAAGUCAGUUGCAGGGAGGUUCGCGUCAAGACCAAUGGCAAGAUGAAAGCCCCUCGGUUCGUCGGAUGCAACUCUUGGAACGAGAGAAUGGUCGACUGCACGACCAACUCGAUGACUCUGCGAAGAAGGUUUCGGCGCUCGAGCGAAGCAUUAGAUCUGGGGACCUGUCACUUCGGGAUGUGCAAGCUAAGUCGCAUGAGGAGCUUUAUGACCUGAUCAAUUCUCAAGAACAAUCCAGAAGGUCUCUGCUCAAGGUCCACAACGAAGCGGUUGCCGAGUUCAGCGAUGCUAAAGCUCAGUUCGAAAAGCUCAAACGCGCCAAGGCUGCUACCGAAGUCGAGCUCCGUGAUUCUCGCUCCGAAGCCCAGGAACUUCAGUUAGCCAGAGAUCAAGAUGCUGUCAGCAGAAACCAGCUGCUCCAGGAGUUCUCCGACCUACAGAUUCGCCUGGAUGCAGAGUCCUCAAAAUGCGCUGACCUCGCCUCAAGUCAAAGCCUCUACAAAACCCGCGCGGAUGACUAUUUCAGCAAGCUGGAGCAAGCAGAAAUUUCGGUACUUAAGGCCAGCCGUGCCGAGCAGUUUGCAAAGUCACGGGCCCAAGAGGCAGAGGAUACAUGCGCACAAAUCAUGGCUGAGCGUAAGCAAAUGGAUUCUCUUGUGGAAGACCUUCAGCGCCAAGCGCAGUCUCUGGAGGCCCGAAUGGAAGACCAGGCCGCCGAGCUUCAGGCUGCGCUGCAGUCCAAACAGCGUCUCCAGAAUGAGCUCGAGGACUACAGGAACCAACGUGCCAUCGAUAUCGAAGACAAGGAGACCUCCAUGGAGCAGACGAGACAAAAAUACCAGCGCGAGUUCUUGACAUUGAAUAACGAGCUCGAGGUGGAACGGGAGCGUGUCCUGAACGUCCGUGGGGAGAACUCGCGUCUUCGCGAAGAACUCGAGGAUCUCCGCAGUAAAUGGGAUAACGAAGUGAUGAACAGCUCUACGUGGGCCAAGGAGAAGGCGCGGAUGGAUGUCAUGCUUCAGGAUGUGACCUCAAUCCGUGAUGAAGCGGUGAACGCGCAUAAUGAAGCCCAGGGAAGAGUUGUAACUCUUCUGUCGCAGGUCAGAAGCCUACGAACUUCAGUUGAUGACGUGACGGCCGAAAGAGACAUGCUUGUCAAGGAGAAGAAGAUGCUUGAAACUCGUUUGACUGAGGCAGGCGACAGACUAGAGGACCUUGCCAAGGGAGAGAGUCCAUCCAUGCGCAAUGCAGCAAGCAUGGAUCGCGAACUUUUGGAGCUCAAAUCCAAUCUUGCUCAGCAACAGGACGUCUCUGCUGCCGCUGUCGGUAAGAUGAGACGAGCCGAAGCCUUGGCCACGGAGAUGCAGAAGGAAGUCACCGCUGAGCGGGAAACCAACGCUCAGCUUUUCAAGGAUAAGGCUGCUCUGGAGAAACAACUCAAGGAAGCUCAGCUGCGGUGCGUUGAUCUGGAAACUAAGAGCUACUCAUCCGGAAGCCAGGACGUCAAGUUCCUACAUAAAAGAAUCAAGGAGCUGGAAACGCAUCUCGAGGAGCAAGAGACCAAGCAUGGCUCCGAGCAACGAUCCCUGCGUAACGUCGACCGCACUGUGAAGGACCUCCAGUCGCAAAUAGAUCGACGGGAGAAGAUGAAUGCUCAGCUCAACGAGGACAUGAACAAGUCUCGCGACAAGAUCGACCGUCUUCUUCGAAACAUCCAAGAACUUCAGGAAACCGACUCACAAACCCAAUUACAGGCGCGCCGAGCGGAGCGGGAGCUUCGUGAAGAAAAGGAAAAAUCGCUGCGCCUGGCGCGUGAGUUGGAAGGAUGGAAAGGGCUUCGCGUUGAGCGCGGCAGCAAUCUCGGACGACUGAGCGAUGCAGGGAGCAGAAGAGGAAGCGGCGUAUAUGGCUCAGGCGAUGUGCCACAGCGGAUGCCUAGCAACACGAAAGGCUUCUUCGUUCUUCACCCAUCUUUCUCUCACAUAUUGCCCUUACGGAUUCAAGGCUCUCGCGCCGCCCCUCAUCAUGGUAAGUUCACUUCCAUAUCGGCGCAGAAACCGACCUUUGCCGCCCAAUGUCUCGAAAAUUCCGACCGAGUUCAUGAACUGAUCCCGAAUGUCCAUCAGGCACGAAACAGCGAAAAGGCGCAGUCGAUGCUGUUUCGAUUUCGCGCGCAGCAAGCGGCGGACCUCGGAAUCAUCGACAUCGGACGCACCCGUCGCCCCAAGGCCAUCACGUCGGUGGAUUCGAUCCCCAUGUGCGAGAAAUGGCGCGGCCAGGUCCUCAAGGAAAUCUCGCGCAAAGUCUCGCGCAUCCAGGAGCUCAGCCUGAGCGAUUACCAGAUCCGCGACCUGAACGAUGAGAUCAACAAGUUGAUGCGCGAGAAAUGGACCUGGGAGAUGCAGAUACGGAACCUCGGCGGACCUAAUUACAUGCGUGGCUCGGGCCGUGUGUACGACGACGAGGGCAAGGAGAUUCCUGGCGGUGGAAAAGGAUAUCGAUACUUCGGGCGUGCGAGAGAGCUGCCGGGUGUCAAGGAGAUGUUUGAGGCCGCAGCUCGUCGCGGUCGGAAGCCGGCGGAGGAGGACGACGAGGGCACUCGGGGACGGGGCGGGGAUAUCGCUACGAAAAAGGUCGAUGCCAAUUAUUUCGGCUACGGGCUGGAUGAGGAGGACGGGACGCUGCUAGCGUACGAGCGACAGAAGGAGAAGGAGGCUUUUGAGAGUCUACGCAAUAAGAAGGAAGACGAUGUUGAAGAUGGCUGGGAGCCUCUACCGGGUGACGCUGGUGACGGCGUCGAAUGGCGAUUGCCGACCCUGGAUGAAGUACAAGAAGAACUGGUGGACAGGAGAAGGAGAAGACUCUUGGACAAGAUCACCUGA